AAACGAGCUGAGAUCCUCACAGCAAGACGAAAGGAGCACCGCUCAAAAGCCUCUGCGGACGUCACCGGGCACCAUGGGCUCCAGCUCGUCUUCCUACGCCCCCAAAACGGUGUACCUGGACGUGGACGGCAAGGUGCAGAAGGUGGUCUUCAGUCGGCACUGCAGCCCAUGUGACAUCAGGGAGCUGCUCAGCUCCUCCUCAAACAUCCCCAGGAACACGGCCAUAACGCUGCUGGAUUCAGGGGGCGCCAUGAUCUCCAUCGAUCCUACCAUGCCCACCAAUUCGCCCAACUCCUUGUACAAAGUCGUACCGUUAUCUACUGGCCAACCGGGAGAGAAGGAAGACGUGUUCCAGAACGUCCUCUCUCAGGUGGCAGAGCAGUUCAGCAGGGCUUUUCGGAUCAACGAGCUGAAAACAGAGGUCACCAAUCGACUGGCCAUGCUGGAGAAGAGGGUGGAGUUGGAGGGACUGAAGGUAGUGGAGAUCGAGAAGUGCAAGAAUGACCUCAAGAGACUUCGUGACGAGAUGACCUCCAGAGGUGGAGGGAGGUUCGUAGAGAUGAACUGCCCAUGCAAAUACAACUUCUCAGAUGACGGGAAGAAGCUGUCCCCAAGGCGUGAUGUCCCAAGCUAUCCAAAGUACACGCUGUCCCAGGAGACCAUCGAGGCCCUGAAGAAACCCACGUUUGAUGUCUGGCACUGGGAGCACAAUGAGAUGCUGAGCUGCCUGGAGUACAUGUACCAUGACCUGGGAUUGGUGAAGGAGUUCAACAUUAACCCCAUUACGCUCAAACGCUGGCUGCUGGCCAUUCAGGAGAAUUACCGCAGCAACCCCUUCCACAACUUCCGCCACUGCUUCUGCGUGAGCCAGAUGAUGUAUGGCAUGAUCCACCUGUGCAACCUCCAGGAGAGACUCACCCUGGGUGACAUGGGCAUCCUCAUGACCGCCGCUGUCUGUCACGACCUGGACCAUCCGGGCUACAAUAACACGUACCAGAUCAAUGCCCGCACGGAGCUUGCAGUGCGCUACAAUGAUAUCUCCCCGCUGGAGAACCACCACUGCGCUGUGGCCUUCCAGAUCCUCUCCUUGCCCGAGUGCAACAUUUUUGGCAACGUAGAACCUGAGGCCUUCAAGCAGAUCCGACAAGCUAUUAUCACACUCAUACUAGCCACAGAUAUGGCCCGACAUGGGGAGAUACUGGAGUCUUUCAAGCAGAAGGUGGACAACUUUGAUUUCGCCAAUGAGGAGCACAUCAGAUGUCUGAAGAUGGUUCUUAUCAAAUGCUGUGAUAUUUCCAACGAGGUCAGGCCCACUGAAGUGGCUGAGCCCUGGGUGGAUUGUCUACUGGAAGAGUACUUUAUUCAGAGUGACAGAGAGAAGUCUGAAGGGCUCCCCGUUGCUCCCUUUAUGGAUCGGGACAAGGUGACCAAGCCGACGGCACAGAUCGGCUUCAUAAAAUUUGUCCUCAUCCCCAUGUUCGAGACGGUCAUGAAGCUAUUCCCACAGAUCGAAGAGAUCAUGGUUCAGCCGCUGCGGGACUCUCGCGAUCACUACGAGGAGCUGAAGCAGAUCGAUGAUGCCAUGACUGAGGCACAGAAGAAAAAAACCGAGAACAUGUCAUUAGGAGGGAAGAAGAAGUAGUCUUUCCUGCCUGCUCAGUGGUACUAAGGAUCCCACACUGUGCACCGAUUCUGUGGCAGGAGCAACUCAUCCAGCUGAUUGGCCUGUUCCUUCGGAGACAAAUAGCCAUUUCACAAAGGCUCACUUCUGUAGUUUUGUACCCUUCCCUCAACCCUCCAACCAUUGAGGCAUCGACUGCCCUUUUGAUCGCCUCUCCAUUCCCUUCACAUGCAAGCAACAUCCAGAAAAACAACAGAGGGAGCAUAACCAAAGACAACAACGUUAACAUCCAUUGAGACGUUAUUUCAGAAGUACUGUUUCCUGUGUGCUCUGUUAUGGGUGUCGAGUGGCAGCAUUUGUACCGAUUGCGAGUUUGAUACUGUUAACUUCGCUUAAUGACCAUCUCCUACCUUUCAGUUGCUUAUUCUUGGUCAUGUCCAUUUCACUGCAUGGAAAACAGUGUUGAAUGAGUCUCCUUUAGUAUCGACUACAUUCCCCAAGGAAAGAGUAGUCAAGAUACUUACAGUGAUUUCCAGAUGAACCCUGGUCAGCUCAGUGGUGUUUAAACUUGCCUCCCAAACAAAUUGCAUUUCUCUGCACUCUUCUGUUCUUCCCAGCAAGUAUAAAAUUAGAGUUGAUUCUCUAUUCAAAAUUAUUUCUUUUUAAAGGACUCAAAAGUCUGAUCUGCGCCGAUGUGUGUGCGAUAAGUUCUAGGCUAAUAAUGGUGUGUGUUUGCUAGCAGGUAGUAUAAACAGCCCAUUGAUAUGUAACAAUGUGGCAUAUCUGUAAGCUUAUGAUAGGACAGGGGUGUCAAACUCCAGUCCUGGGGGGCCGGAGCCCUGUUUAGCUUAGUUCUUUCCUAUUCUACCACAAAUGAUUCAGCUCAAGAACAGUGUUGUAAUUAGCACAAGGAGGUGAAUCAGGUGUGUUAAAUGAGGGGAAACCCAAAAAUGUGCAGGGCUUUGGCCCUCCAGGACUGGAGUUUGACACCCCUGUGAUAGGAUAUCACUUCACCCAGGGCUCAAAGAUUUGGUAAACCUGUGUUUUUCUACAUCUAACACUGAGCAAUUUUCCCCUGGAACAUUUAAAAUGUAUUACCCCAUAUGAAAACUUGUGAACAUUAUUCAUGGAUGUUAGGUUGCUUAAAAUUAUGUACACAACUAGAUAUUAUUUGUCAUGCAGUUGCUAAUGUUAAUCUACUGUGUUUUGCUUUAUUACACAUAAGCUGUGACCCUGGAGAUGUGUGUGCUCAUACUCUGAAAGACACUUGACAUUUUUAGGUCUUGCUGUCUAAACCUGCGAAAACACGCAAGACAAUCUCAUCCGCCAAUUUUCCGUGAUUCUCAUUGGAUGCCCUAUACAUUGUAACACCACUGUGGUUGUCAGGGCUACCAUAUUGAAUCAUGUCUUGUGAAUCUUUCUGCGUGUUAAUAAUAAUCAUUAUAAUACAUUUUGUUUGUGGGUGCCUUUCAAAACUCUCAAGGUCAAGUGUUAAGGGCUCCGUAAUUAACUCGAGUGUCCGUUUAGGGGUUUAAGGUGGCAGAUUUACUUACACAGAAUAAAUGGGGAUUCCUUCAGCGUUU